UCGACGUCAUACGUGCGCGCUUCCUUAAAACAGUGACAAAGAUGGCGGGUUCCGCGGGAUCGGUGGUAGUGCCCCGAAACUUCCGGCUGCUGGAGGAACUGGAGAAAGGUCAGAAGGGAGGCGGAGACGGCACGGUGAGCUGGGGCCUGGCCAACGAUGACGACAUGACGCUAACUCACUGGAAUGGGACCAUCAUCGGCCCCCCCAAGACUCCCUAUGAAGGCAGAAUAUACAGCCUGAAAAUCAAGUGUGGACCCAGGUACCCAGAGCACUCUCCCGAAGUCCGCUUCAUCUACAAGAUCAACCUGCCCGGCGUGAACAGCUGCAACGGCGUGGUGGACUUCAAGGCCAUCAGCUCUCUGUCCCGGUGGAAGUCCGACUACAGCAUCCGGCAGGUCCUGCAGGAGCUCCGACAGCAGAUGUCGGUGAAAGAAAACAGCAAGCUGUCCCAGCCGCCCGAAGGCCAGAUGUACAGCAACUGAGGGGCGCACACACACACACACACACACACACACACACACACACACACACACGCUAUCAAAGACUGGAGACCGGCGGACCAGGAGGGGGAGGGGCCCAGUUCUUCAUUCAAGCUCACCAAACUAGAAAACUGUACAUUUUACUAAUGUUAUUUUUUUAUUCUUUGUGUUCUGCAUUCAGACUGUAAAUGAACGAAUGAGCUGAUCAAGUAGGUUCCGAGUGUCGGGGGUUCUGGUGGGGGUCUGGGAGCUGGGAGGGGUUUGAAUGGAGAACUCGGUCACUGCAGCAGCCGCCGGUGAAAUGCGUCUGGGGAACACAUGUCGGGCUGAUUGAGACUUUCCUGUGCUCACACACACACACACACACACAAACAGAAUUCUGUCCCCUCUGCUUGGUCUCCAAUCCCCCGACUCCUGCGAUAUCCCGACGAUGUGAAUUUGAUGGGCCUCAAACAGCUGAUGUCCGGUACACGGGAGCAGAGUCCACCUGGAGCCGCUUGGUCGCAGCCGGCCGGCCCCACGCCAUCGGUCCCCCUCACCGGGCCCCUCGUCCCCGCCCCCGCCCUCGCCCCCGGUCCCAGCCACCGGCCCCGGCCGGCCCCCGCCCUCGCCCCCGGUCCCAGCCACCGGCCCCUGUCCGGAGCCGUCCUCUGUGUGCCAUACGCUCCGUAGCGCUUCGUGGUGGUGACCCAUGAAUGGAGGGUGGGGUGGGGGGGCCGUAAUCAUUCUGAGAACAGGGUGUGUGUGUGUGUGUGUGUGUGUGAGUGAGAGAGAGAGUGUGUGCUGGAUACUGGAUUCUGCUGUGAUUGUUUGUUGGCUGUGUUUCUGUCCUGUGGUCCACUCCACGCAGCCGUCUGUUCUCUCAACAUUGAGCGCCCACUGAAAACAAUGUACGGCUUUGGAUGUUUAUUUUCUAGCAGGGGUUGAAUCUAAUCAGGGUGACGGUGACCUGUUGCAUGGUUUUAUUUGAAUUAAACGUUAUUACUUUUGCACA